CUUCACUGCAAAUGAAUUAAAAAAGAGGACCUGAAAAUCGAUCCAAUUAGGGUGCGAACUGCCUCGCGUCCCACACGGCGGAAGCGACAUGGACCACGGCUGCCGGCGCCCGACGGCGGAGGAAGUAAUCUCCCGGCUGAAGGACGACGGCGACUUUGAUUCCCUCCGCCUCAAGAUCAUCCGCAAAGUUAAAGAAAAUGAGGAACUACGAAACAGAAUUGUAUCUGAAGUUAAACAAUCCGUUGUACUUAAUGAAGAUGAGUCUGAGAAAAUGAAGUUAAGAGAACUUUCUGAUGCUAUUUAUCAAGAGCUUGGAAGCAAAAUUAUGGGGCAAAUUUCAGAUGAGGUUUGGAAGAUCAUCAGAUCAUCUGAGAAUGAUAUCAGGGGGACAGUGGAGGCUGUAUAUGAUAGAAUUGUCAACCCAAAAGAAAAGAAACAAGAUACCUCUUCUCCCCAUAAAGCACCACAAAGUGAUGGAAAAAAGGGUCAUGAUUCUCUUGUAACACCCUCAACAAGUGAGAUUAAUGUAUCUGAUACAAAUGAACAGAUGGAAGCGCCGCCAGGUUUUGAUUCUACCGAUCGGCCGAUCAGUAAAGUAAAAUCUGAACCAGUGCUCCAAGGCAAGCAACCCCAACCAUCAAAUAAAGAUCCCAAUCAGGCAGAACAAGUUGAUAGUCUACCACCUGGCUUCGGCCCAGUAGCUAAGUCUCCCAUCCGUCCAAUUGUUGUCGCCGAUGAGGACCCUGAUGUUCCUCCCGGUUUUGGGUAAGGAUCCUCCAGCUAGUUCAAUGGCUGUUUUGAUGAAUUUUAGGAUAAAAAGAAUGUUAUGAUGUAUCCAUUCUUCACUGUUAUCAUUGGAGAUAAACCAGUCUCAAAGCUGCAGUUGUAUAUGUAAACUAUAACUUGGAUAAAUUUAGCGUUUAUGCUGUUUUUUAUUUGCUGUAGCAUACAUGUAUUAUAGUAAUCUCCAGAUGGACAUUUUACCCAUCUUGUGAAUAAUAAUUACAAGCUCAUUUGGCUC